AUGACGCGCUCAAAUACCCAGCAACAGACGAGAAGUCAUGCGGGACACUCCCAUGGCCACGGCCACGCACACGCACACGACACCUCCUACCUGACCUCUCAGAACAAGAACGAUGCCGGGGUCAGGAUCACAAGGAUCGGGCUGUUCGUCAACCUGGGCAUGGCCAUUGGGAAAGGAAUAGGGGGUGUGGUCUUCCACUCGCAGGCACUGAUUGCAGACGGCUUCCAUGCCCUCACCGACCUGGUGUCCGACUUCAUGACCCUGGCCACCAUCUCUUGGUCGCUGAAACCUGCGACAAAUCGAUUUCCCAGUGGAUAUGGCAAAAUUGAGAGCUUGGGUGCUUUGGGGGUGAGUGGGCUGUUGCUCUUUGGAGGUGUUGGUAUCGGCUUGAAUGGGUUGGAUGCCCUUUACACACAGUUCAUGCUUGAUCCUGCAGCUGUGGCGCAUGCCCAUGAGCAUGCUGAACAUGGCGGUGGAGGGCUGUUCUCCUUUCUAGGACAUAGCCAUACCCAUGGACCUGUGUUACCAGACCUUAACGCUGCUUGGCUUGCGGCAGGCUCUAUUGUGGUGAAGGAAUGGUUAUAUCGAGCCACUAUGAAGAUUGCCCGAGAACGCAAAUCCUCUGUUUUGGCCUCCAAUGCAGUCCAUCACCGCAUCGAUUCCCUGACCAGUAUUGUGGCCCUUGCCACUAUUGGCGGCGCACACAUAUUCUCGGACGCCUCGUGGCUUGAUCCCGUGGGUGGACUGGUCAUUUCCGCCAUGGUAAUAAGAGCAGGUUGGAACAACACAAAGACGGCUCUCCUCGAACUCGCAGAUGUCACUGUGGACGAUGAGAUCAAGAGCCUAGUCCGCAGAGCCGCGUCUAGAGCUCUAAAGGGCGAUGCUACAAAAGGCAUUGAGCCUGUUGAGUUUGGGACCGAGACAGAGAUCAGAGACAUCCAAGGGGUCAAAUCUGGUCAGAACUAUCUUAUAGAUAUUGAACUCGGGGUGCCCAAGGACUUUACCCUCGAGCAGAUGGAGAAUAUCGAAGAAGCGGUGCGGGAGAGAUGUGGCUCCAAAGUCCGCGGGGUCAGACGAGUUCGAGUCAAAUUUGUCCAGGUGGGAGACACGCAUGCCACCCUCGCCGGCGACUUCAUUGCCACGGACGUGAGUCCAAGAAGCAGUCCGGAGCCGGAAGAUGAACGCGAUGAACAUGACCACCACCAUCAUGAAGAAGGGCGAGGACAUGACCAUUCUCACGAACACACAAAUGGCCAUGCGACAACCUCGAGCAAAAAGAAAAAGGAUUCAUGA